AGAAUGGUGGACUUUAGGACAUUUCUGUAAGUGAGUACUCGAGGAUUUUGAGUGAGUGUCAACUUUUAUGGUAAAGUUCUAACUCAGUUAACUUGACGUGAUUGUGUUUGUGAGUGGAUUUUUAUGUGACGGUGAGUGAAGACUCUGUAAACUUUUUGCAUUAUGGCGCGUUGUUCGUGAAAAUGUAAGGAAGGAAACUGAUGUUGACAUAAAAACUCAGCUAAGAUGGAGUGCUCCGUUCGGCCCAGCCCCACGAGGGUUCUUUCCUUGUGGACGCUUCUAAUUGGCAGUUUUAAUAUCGCAGGUCUGCGACCAGGCCCGAGCGUCAGGGCCGAAUCUCUGGACUCAGUUAAUCUGUCAGCAGUGGCGGGCGGCGACGCGACUCUCCCCUGCGACACCCGCUCACCGCAGCCUCCUGACGCGCUUCUACUCGUCGUGUGGUAUAAAGAUGACGUGCCUAUAUACAGUUACGAUGGCAGAGUAAAAGGGCCGUCAGCGCAUUGGGCAGACGCAUCACUUGCGGGGAGGGCCCGCUGGCACGCGUCACCGCAUUCAGCGCUGAAAAUUCGGGAUGUUAUCCCCACCGACCGCGCGCUAUACCGUUGCCGAGUCGAUUUCAAAGUGUCGCCGACCCGAAAUUAUAAACUCGUGCUGCACGUUAUAGAAUUGCCAGAGAAGCCGAAAAUUUUUGAUGAGAGCGACAAGGAAAUAAUUGGUGUCGCCGGCCCCUACAUAGAAGACACAAGUCUCAAACUUACCUGUGUUGUAAGUGGAGGUAAACCAAUGCCCCGUCUUCGAUGGUGGCGUGAUGACAAGAUGAUAUCGAAGCUAGAACCCACAGAAGACGGCUCCCGUCUCAGUACACUGGAGUUGAAAAUACCCAAGUUGAAGAGAGAUUAUUUCGAAGCAGUUUACACUUGCACUGCUGAUAACACAGCUUUGGUGCCGCCACUACGCGUUAACGUUCAAAUACAGUUAUAUUUACGGCCGUUACUAGUGGAGAUCCUGUCGAGGGAGCAGCCUCUAUCAGUUGGGAACGAGGCAGAACUGGCUUGUAGAGCAGUUGGAGCCAGACCCUCCGCUACCAUCACCUGGUGGCUUGAUAACAAGCAGAUGUCAGUCACUGAUCCACAAAAGGAUUCAGAGGACCGCAACGAAACUAUAUCGUUCCUUCGCUGGACGCCGCGGAUGGAGGACGACGGGCGAACUCUCAAAUGUCGAGCUGCACACUCCAAAUUGGAACAUGCCACACUUGAGACUAGUAUAAAAUUGGAUUUGCAUUUUAUGCCGAUAGUGACAUUGCAACUGGGCUCCACGCUGAACCCGAAUGACAUUGAAGAGGGUGAUGACGUAUACUUUGACUGUGGGGUCAACGCGAACCCGCCCGCUUAUAAAGUUGUGUGGGAGCAUAAUGGCCAAGUAAUGACGCACAAUCAACGGGCGGGAGUGAUUGCUGGAUCUGCCCAUUUAGCGCUCCAAGGAGUGUCGAGGGAGCAGGCGGGGAAGUACGUCUGUAUCGCCUCCAACGUCGAGGGAGACGGUCGAUCUGAACCAGUCACUCUACAAGUUAUAUAUAAACCGGUGUGCAAGAAUGCAAUGGCAGCUAUAGUAGGUGCUGCUAUCAACGAAGCAGCAAGGGUGACGUGCGAGGUUGACGCGUUUCCGCCACCAAAAAACUUCCAAUGGAUCCUUAAUAACACCAUGGGCACCAAGGAGAUAGAUCCUAGUAAAUUCACGGUCACAAACGUGGGCCGUUCAAUUCUCACGUACACACCCAACACUGAAGCCGACUAUGGCUCGCUGUCGUGUCGUGCCACGAACCUGGCCGGCCAGCAGAUCGAGCCAUGCAGAUAUACACUGCUGCCGGCUGUGAAACCCGAUCCGCCUACUAACUGUUCAGCUAGGAACCUCACUGACGACUCUGCGGAAUUGAGAUGUGCGGCUGGUUACGACGGCGGCCUCCAAACCACGUAUUUCGUAGAAGUGUGGGAAGCUGGCGAGCUCAUAGCUAACGUCUCAACUAUAACGCCUGUGUGGAAGCUGCAAGGGCUUGGUUCCGGGAAAGCGCUGAAGUUGGCCUUCUACGCAAACAACGCGCGGGGGCGGUCGGAAGUAACUACUAUGAGGGUUCAUACAUUGUCGAGACUCGCUCUGCAUACAGAGGCUAAGAGUACAUCGGGAAUGGAUACCAGCUGGGCGUUAGGCAUCAUAGCUGGGAUCGUCGUGACUCUGGCCAUACUCACUGCUAUUGCAUUGCUUGCGAGAAAAAGGCAUAGGCCGUUACAAUAUGAAGCGCCAGUGCAAACAGUGAAGGCGUAUAAAGGCUCAAUGCAAAGUGCUAACCAUUCACCCAUACAGACUGACGACAAAAAUCCAGACGUAGUGCCGCUUGGUAAAGAUUAUAAUUGCGCGAGGGACUUGGAACGGCCGCCCGAGCCGCCGCCCUACGCGGCGGUGGUAUCCCCACCAGUGGGAUCAUCCCGAAGCGUGCAUAGUUUACACGAUACAAGGUCGAAUACGCCUCACACGCCGAAUACUCCAGCUUCUGAUGCCCAGAGCAUCGGCACGCUAGGUGAGGAUCGACGUAGCGUGACUAGCGGGACACUGUCACGGCGGAGAGAAGUGGUGACAACGCGGACGCCCCUCCUUGCGAACGCGCGAGAGAGUUGUGUGUAGGUUAAGUUUAAUGUUAAUAUAGUGAAUCCUUGUAAAGUCCCGCAAUGGGAAAUCGAUGUAAAUUUAGAUUUUUUAAUUUGUUUAUUGUUAGACUAAUACAGUUUCUAUGUUGAUUGAGGAUGAUUGUAUAAUAAAUACUGAUUUUUUAAUAAUACGUUUUUUAGGUAAUCACUCUCAAUGAUUUGUAAUUAUGUUCGUUCCAUUUAUAAAUAUCUCAACAUAUCACAGUUGCACUACAUAGAUUUUUAAACGUAUUUUGGAGCGAAUUGGAUGAAAGAUUAAAUCCACCGUUCAGAAAUCGCUGAAUGACAGUUAAUUCAGCAAAUCAAAAGUACAUUCAGACUAGUUUUAAAAAGGAAUAGAUGCAAUUGCGAUACGGACGAAAAAUUGAAUCCUCUUUAGUCAGAUAGUUAAAAUUGUGCAACAGUUGCUCAAAGGCACUGUAAUUCUUUGAGCAAUAAAGAAAAAGUCUACACAAAGCGAGAACGUAGAACGCCGUUUUGCUCAUAAAACAAAUUGCAAACAUUAAAUAAAUGAGUUGAAUUGUGUUUAUAUGAAUGGCGAAUGAGUUCAUUGACCCCGUAAAUAUUAAAAUACUUCCUGACGUUUGAAACACAGCCGGCCAAGUUCAAGCGAAACGUGCUCAUGUGUAAUGGAUACAGUACAUUUAACAAUAUUUUUCUUUGUAGUAGUAGGAAUAAAGAUGUUAUUAUAUAUUGCUACAAUUAAAUAAUCUAUCAUCAAGCGAUCUGAAACGAAGACAGUUAUAUCAUUAGUUUU